CAUACUCGCUUGAAGAGCAGUCAUGAUGUUUUCGAGGGUUGCAUGCAAUGCUGCACGUCGCGUCCCUUCGGCGGGGCGCAUGAUCUCUUCGUCGGCUGCGGCAAGGGCGCCAGCGGUGUUGCCCGACCUGACGUACGACUACGGCGAGCUUGAGCCCGCUAUCAGCGGCGAAAUAAUGAAAAUUCACCACACCAAGCACCACCAGGCGUAUAUCAACAACCUGAACGCGGCGAUGGAGAAGCUGGCAGAUGCGGAGGCGAAGGGAGACGUGACCGCUAUCCUUCAGUUGCAGGCCGCCAUCAAGUUCAACGGCGGCGGCCACCUCAACCACUCCAUCUUCUGGAAGAACUUGGCGCCCGUGGGCAAGGGGGGGGGGGAGAUGGUAACCGGCACCCUGGCGGACAUGAUCGAGGCGCAGUACCACUCGAUGGGAGAGCUCACUGAGAAGAUGAGCGCGGCGUCGGUGGGCGUCCAGGGGUCCGGGUGGGGGUGGCUUGGCUACGACAAGGUCAACAAACGGUUAGCAAUCGCCACCUGCGCCAACCAGGACCCGCUGGAGGCUACAACCGGCCUCGUGCCCUUGCUAGGGAUCGACGUGUGGGAGCACGCGUACUACCUCCAGUACAAGAACGUCAGGCCCGACUACGUCAAGAGCAUCUUCAAGGUGGUCAACUGGGCGGACGUUCAGGAGAGGCUAACCGCGGCGACAUCCUAAUGGUGUAAAAA